AUGAAUUCAAAACUCGUCAUCCUUUUGUUUGCUUUAUUCACUAUUUCCUUCUUCGCUGAAGCAAAAGCACUUCCAAGCUUCUACAAACGUGACGCUGAAGCAGAAGCAGAUCUACCUAUGAUGAAACGUGACGCUGAAGCAGAAGCAGAUCUACCUAUGAUGAGAC